UCAAAGAUCACGUGGGGCUCUCCCUGAGUUAGUGUGUCCGUGUUGUGUUGAGACCACACGUGUCACAAUGGACCUGUUGUUGUCUCCAUCAGCGGAAAGACACAAAUCACCUGAAGACGGAAGUGAGCUGCAGUUGUCAGUCCGGGCUUCGAACGCAGCAACGCAUGCAUGUCCCUGACUGACUGUUUGUUUACGUGUGUUUUCUACGUUUGCGAGUUCUUCCCCAAGAUCCGUCCGAGCCUCGGGCCGCCUCGGACCCUGGCCUCCUGCGGGGGGAUGGCUGCUGCUGCUGGGGUGGAGGAGCCGGAGGAGGACCGGGAGAACCGGAGCUGCGUGGCCGCAGCUCCGCUACCAGGUGCCGGGGAACCGGAGGAGGCCGAGGAGUUCACCUGCCCGACCCACCGCUCCGAGCUCUCCCGGCGGCAGGACGAGCAGCGGAGGGCGGGGCUGUUCUGCGACGUGACGCUGGAGUUCCGCUCCGGGUCCGGGUCCGGGGGGGGGGAUCGGGUCCAGACGCUGGCCGCCCACCGGUCGGUUCUGUCCGCGGCGUCGCACUACUUCACCCUGCUGCUGGGCGGACACUUCUCCGAGUCCCAGUCCGCCCGAGUGGAGCUGAAGGGCUGGAGCUCCGAGGGCGGCCUGGAGCCCGAGGCUGUGAGGGGGGUGAUCCAGUUCAUGUACACCGGGGAGAUCACGGUCUCCACCGCCAGUGUGCAUGAAGUCCUGGAGCUGGCUGACAGGUUCCUGCUGGUGCAGCUGAAGAGCUUCUGUGGAGAGUUUCUCAUGAAGAAGCUGAGCUUGUCCAACUGCGUGGCCGUGCACAGCCUGGCCCACAUGUACACCCUGGACCAGCUCGCCCUGGGAGCCGCCACCAUGAUCCGGAGGAACUUCCACGAAAUCAUCCGCAACGAGGAAUUCUUCACGCUGCCGUUUCACCUCUUGCGAACCUGGCUCUCGGACUCGGAAAUCACCGUGGAUUCUGAGGAGGAGCUGUUCGAGGCCGUGGUGAAAUGGGUGCAGCAGAACCCGGAGGAGCGAGAGAAGCACUUUGAGGAGCUGUUCGGGCUCUUGAAGCUGUCACAGAUUGCUCCCACCGCCCUGAUGCAGGUGGUGAGGAAGGAGCCCUUAGUGGCAAACAGUGCGUGCUGUCAGAAGCUGGUGUCCGACACCCUCGAGGUUCAGGCUGUUCACUUCGAGAGCCUCAAGUCUGCUGAUUUAGAGCUCUGUGCCUCCCACAUGACCGCCACCCAGCCACGGUUUGGCCAGAACAUGGACGUCAUCAUGGUCGUGGGUGGUGUUUCAGAAGGUGGAGAGUAUCUGAGUGAGUGUGUGGGCUACUUUGUCGCCGAGGACCGCUGGGUCAACCUGCCGCACAUUCACAACCACCUGGAUGGACAUGCUAUCGCAGUCACCGACAGCCAUGUGUACGUGGCGGGCUCCAUGGAGCCAGGCUACGCCAAGAUGGUGGAGCGCUACAACCCCAGCCUCAACAGCUGGGAGCAGCUCAGCAGCCUGAGCUCUCGCAAGCACUCCUUCGGCCUCACGUGUGUCAAAGAGGUUCUCUGCGGCAUCGGUGGCCACGGAAACUUCAGUCCAGGCUUUAAGGACGUCACCGUCUACAAGCCCGAGCAGGACGAGUGGCACAAUCUCGACCCGGCGCCAAAAAUACUACGAGAUGUCAAAACGGUGAGCGUGGAGGACCGCUACGUGUACGUGAUGGCCAGGACCCCUGUGGACCUGGACUUCGAGGAUGGGCUGAGCACGGUGACCACUUGCUACGACACGGAGAGUCACAAGUGGCAGGAUGUGGACUCACUGCCGCUCCUCGAUAACUACUGUGUCUUUCAAAUGGCCGUCGCGUCCACCAACUUCUACCACACGUCUUCCUGUUGCCCCAAGAACUACGAUGUGGCACAGGAGGCCGCUCAGCAGAAAAUAAGCAUAAACAUCUCCGACGACAUCCUGGACAGCCUCCCUCCAGAGGUCCUCGGUAUGGAAGGUGCGGCCAUCUGCUACCUGGCUGAGGACGUGUUCGUCAUUGGCGGCUGGAGGAACAGCACCAACAUGGACAAGCAGUACCGCAAGGAGGUCUACCGGUACUGUGCCGAAAAGAAGCGUUGGAUGCUGCUGCCGCCCUUACCUCAGCCCCGCUGUCGGGCGGCGGCCUGCCACGUUCGCAUCCCGUACCAGUAUCUGUACGGCUGCCAGCGCUACCCCAUGCCCCAGAACCUGGCUCGGCAGCGGGACCGCAUGCAGCAGAUGCAGCAGCUCCACCUGCGCACCCUCAGCCUGCGGAGGCAGCUGCAAACUCAGAUCGAAUGUUGACAUUGAAUCUCUAUCGAAACGUUCGGCCUUGCACAAUACUUCUGAGGUUCUUAUUUUCCGCAUGGGUUUACGUGGGGCUGAGGGUCACACUGUUCAAAUUGCCAAUAGAGAAAAAUAUAGGAAAUACCAAGACAGGCUAAUAAGUUUUCAGUCUUGUAUAUUUAUUUCUAACUCUUAAACCAUGAUUUUACCCUUUUUUGCGCUGUUAGAAUUGUUUCUUGUGUGUGCUGCUGGAACGAGACCAUCAUUUCAUGUACAAGAAAUAAGAAAUUAAGCAAAGCAUAUAUUGGGGAACAGGGUGGAGUGUGAUUAUAUAAACACAUAAGCCUGCAUAAGGCAAAUUUGCACUAAAAACUGUUGUGUUAAUGAUGUUUUUAAAUUCCAAUGAAUGUGUAUAAAUGUGUAUGUUUUAUUUCAGCUGCUUAAAAUUGCUUUAUGUGAUCAACAUAUCUUGAAACUUUGACCAAAUAUCGCCAUGAUAACGUGUCAAAAUAGCUCUGCUUCUGAUUUACAUCUAAAUUCUAAUUCAAAGUGUCGUUAUGUCAGGGAACAAAGUUUGUCGAGUUCUUGGUUUGUUGGUUUUUCUGGAAUCUUUGUGCUUCUUGCAGAAUUUGCUCUGCAUUUUUCCCUUGAGUGAUAAAGAGCACAUGUUCACACACGGACACUGAACUGCUGAAAGACUGUAAAACGUGUAAAACACUUUAAACCAUGAACUUCUCUCAAUGUUCCUAACUUUCCUCUUCUCAAUGCAGUUGGUUUAACUGCAUUUCCUGCACUCAAAGACCCUGAAUGUUAAUUUAAACAUUUCCUUCUCAGUGUUGUGUGGACCAGUUGCUGAGCUCAGUGUUUCUCUGUUACUGAUCAGAAACUGCUCUUGUCUGUGGUUUCUCCAGCCAAGUUGUCUGUAACUAUAUGAUCUCAUUGGACAUGGUGAGCCCGACACUUUCCACUAGCAUACUGUGCAUUAUGUGAACAGAACUGGUGGAUGAAUGAUUUCAUUCAGUUGUGGAGGCUUUGAUUUUUUCAGUUACUGUCACUUUGCAUAGUGACAACGGACACGGGGAGAUAUUGACAGUAAGUCACAUUUGAGGCUUCAGAUUUUUGUGCCAAGUUUGAUAAGAGGCGAUUUUAGACUAAGUAUGAUUUCCCAGAGCCAUGUAUUCAGAUUUCAUGCGGCCAAGCCGGAGGUACCUUGUGACAUGGUGUCAUUGCAUAAGCUGUAAGUGCACAAACUCUAUAAAUAAAAGUUAUUGCAGUGAAA